UCAUCAUGAUCACGAUAAUAAUGAUAAUGAUGAUGAUGGCGAUGCAAAUAAACGUGAUAAUCAAACAAAUUUUCAUAUCGAUUCCGAUGUUGAAGAAGCAACUGAAUAUCUAAAAGAUCAUCGUAUCAAAAUGAUUCAUAAUUAUAAUGUUGAAGACGAUCAAGAUGAUGAUGAUGAUAAUGGUGUUCCUUCAUCAUCAUCAUCAUUAUCAGCAGCAAUAAAUAAACAAAUCGAUAAUAAUGAUUCGUUCAAAUUAGAACAAAAAGUAAUGAAUGUUCAUUCAAUCGGAUUACGUCAUCAGCACCAUUGUUGUCGACAAAAUUCAACACCAAAUCUUUUGAAUACAAUAAAGAAUUCAAAUUCGAUGAUUCGACCAAAUAAUAGUGAUAAUAAUCUAGUCGAUAUGAUAAUAGAUGGGGAUUUAUUGAAUUCAUCAUCAUCAUCAUCAUCAUCACCAUCAUCAACGUCAUCAUUUGGCAAUGUUGAUUUAAAUAUGAUGAUGAAAUCUCAUACUGGUAAUGAUGAUGCUAUUGUACCGGUUUCAAUCAUUGAUAAUGUUGUCAAUGUUGAUUAUGAAAUGAAAUGUCCACCAUCCACAGCGGACAAUGUUCUAGUGGUUAAUAAUACCGAUGCCGAUGCUAUUGCUGCUGCAGCUGAUGAUGAUGAUGAUGAUGAUGAAAAUGUUCAUGCAUCAGAUUCCAAUGAUGUAAUAACAGUAGUGAACAAAUUACAGCAAAUAAAAUCUUUUGAUAGUCAAUCAUUAUCAUCAUCAUCAUCAGCAUGUGGUGGAAGAUUUUCAAGGCAACAAUCAUCAGGAAUUUCUAAAAAGAAACAUAAUAACGAUUGUGAUGAUCUGAAAACAAAUAGAAGAUCAUCUUUUGAUUUAAUAAAUUCAACAAAUAUUCCUGAUGUUGUUUCAUUAUCUGAGAAUAACGACAACAACGAAAAUUCUAAUGAUCAAAUGAUUAAAUCUGAGACUCAAAUAUCACUGGCCACUACGACGACAUCGGCAACAACAACAACAACAACGACAACGACCACAACAACAACAACAACAACACAGACAAUAAUAUCAAAACAGUUACCGUCAACAUCAACAACAACAACCAUGAAUCGUAAACGAAGAUCAAAUAAUUUCCUUUCAAAUAUAAUAUCCGCUUCCUAUCGACAAAAAUCAAUAGAAUUUAAUCGUUUAUUUCAAAAAGAUAUUGGUAAUAAUAAUGAAUUAUUGAUUGGUGAUUUUUAUUGUGCAUUGAAUGCAAUACAAGGACGAAUUUAUAUAUCAAAAGAUCAUUUUGCAUUCCAUUAUAAUAUUAUGGGAAUGUUUGCUAAAAGUUUGAUAUGGAAUUGUUCAAAUAUAGUGGCUAUAAAUAAAGCAAACACUGCAUUAGUUAUACCGAAUGCAAUACAAUUGAUUGUAAAACAGCCACAAUCAUCGACUAAUAAUGGUAUAAUGGAAAAUAAAGAUGAUAAAGAUGCAUCGAUUUCAUUAUCAUCAACAUCAACAUUUGCUAUCAACAAUAAUAAUAAUAAUAAUGUUGAUCAACAACCACAACAACAACAAAAUCAAAGAUAUUUAUUCACAUCAUUCACACAACGUGAUAAAACAUUUGCAUUAAUGGAAACAGUUUGGAAACGUUCGAAUCAAUGUCGUUCAUUAUCGAAUCAGGAAAUAUCCGAUCUAGUACAUCGAUUCUAUGGUGAAGAUCUUGGUUUCAUGAACGAUAAAGAAGAAAGAGAAUUUUUUGCUGAAAAAAUUUGUUGUUCAACAAAAAAUUUGAUGGCAAAUCAUACAAAUAAUAAUAAUGAUAAUGUUGUUGGUAUUGAUGCUGCCAGUAGUGGUUGCGAUAAUAAUAAUGGUGAUGACAAUAAUAAUGAUGAUUCAAUCAAUCAUCAGAUGGCCAUUAAUGAUCAUGUAAAAAUAUUGAAUGAAUCGAAUGAUCAACAAGAUCGAAUUAUGAUAAAUAGCAAAAAUGAUGAUUCAACAAAAUCAGCUGAUGAUGCUUUACAGCAACAACAACAACAACAACAAAAACAAAAACAACAAGUGUCAAUUGCUCAUGUUUCUUCCAAUGAAUCAAUUAUCGAUCCUGAUAUUGAUGAUUUUAAAUCAAUAAUUCCAAUCAAUUCAUCCACACCAAUUCUGUCCGGUGCCCGAUCAAUGACCAUUUCAUCAUCUGAAUCAUCUUAUGUUUCAAAUGAAAUGAUUGAACAAAAGAAACAACAAUCGGAUACUAAUGUACCAGAUGAUGAAAUUGUUGAUCGUGUUGAUGAUCAAAUGAUUCCUGCACCAACAACAACAACAACAACAAAACCGACAAUUCCAUCAUCAUCACAAUCAUCAAAUGAAAUGAAAUCAUUGAAUCGUUUCUUUCAGGCUGCUUCAUUAUCAAUGGUUGAAGGUUCAUGUCGUUGUUCACGUCAUCAAGGAACAUUGAUUAUUGAAAAGAUUCUUCCAUUUCCAGUGGAUUAUUUAUUUGAAUUAAUAUUUAUUGAUCAAAAUUUCAUGCGUUAUUUGCAUAAAACACGACAAACCACCGGUAUGAAAAUAUCAGCAUGGAUGCCAUUUGAAGAGAAAAAUCGGCCACAAACACAAUUACCGGAUGGUGAUUAUGAUAUACGUCGUAGUGGAUAUCGUACCAUGAAAUAUACGAUUAAAUUGACCGGUAUGCCAUUGAUAAAAUCGGCAACCGUGUUGGAAAGUCAAUACAUUUUACAAAGUGAUCUAAAUCGUGCUUAUUGUCUAUUUACAGAGAUUCGAAAUCAAGAUAUACCAUAUUCAGAUUCAUUUCUAGUUAGUGCAACAUGGUGUCUAAAUUCAUGUUUACCGGCUGAUCAACAACAACAACAACAAUCAACAACGACAACAGCUAUACGAUUACCGACGCAUACAAAAUUACGUAUCUAUCAAAAUAUCCAUUACAUUAAACAAAGUUUUUCAUUAUCAUUGAUGAAAUCAUCAAUUGAAAAAAAUUCCGUACAAGGAUUUCAAGAUCUUAUUGGUGAUAUUUUGAAAUUAUUACGUACAAAUCGUUUUGAUUAUGCAGCACAAUCCAUGCUUUUUAAUGAAUCAACAACAACAACAACAACAACAACUGCUAAACAACAACAGCAGCAACAACAACAACAACCGAAACAA